CGCCUCGACGUUCAGCGCCGGGCGUACUCGCGGUCGAUCCGGUCGCGCACCCGCCGGAUGACGACGACGUCGCGCAGCCGUUGCUCCUGCGCCCGGACCCCGCCCAUGACCGUCAUCGUGCCAGGGCGGACCGGCACCCUCCGUGACCGGACACCGUCAUCCACCCGAGACCUCCCGAUCGGGGAAUGCGGUCGCCGUAGGUCGCCGAGAUCACCGGUCGCGCGACGAUCCGCCCGGACAUUUUUCACCCCAUCGCGCGAGUAUCGAAACCGUCGGUAA